AUGGUGUCCGGUCUUCGCUUCAUGGUCAUUGCGCGAAAGCUUGUGCUGCUGUUGCUGGUUGCUUGCUCUACGGCUACGCUCUCCUUCUGCAACUCCUUGCUUCGUGAGCCUCUUUGCCGAAUGCGUGCACCGCUGCGGACAGUGCGACAUGGAGCACCUCCAUCUCAAAGACCUGGCAUAUCAAAUGUUUGGCAGGCAGCUGGCGCUGCAAUGAUGUUGUUUGCUUGCAUGUUGACGCCUCGCGGUGCACUAGCUGCAUCUGCAUUAGAAACAGACGUUCGGUCAGUCUACUCCGUCGGCGACUUACAUGGUGAUUACAAAAGUACGGUGAAGAUCUUGACAUCACUUGGGCUGAUGGGAAAUGACGGUGGGUGGACGGGAGGCUCAGCGAUUCUGGUUCAGACAGGAGACAUUACCGAUCGUGGGGAUGAAUCUGGCGACAUCUUCCGAGCACUCUUUCGUUUGCAGGACGAGGCUCCUCAGCAAGGUGGUCGAGUGAUUCUCCUCAUUGGCAACCAUGAGCUCAUGAACUUGGAGGAUGAUUUCCGCUAUGCCACGAAGAAGGACACGCUUUCGUUGCUUGCCGACAGCUCCUCGAGGUCGGAGGCCUUCUCGGCAAAAGGUUGGCUUGGACAGGCCAUACGACAGCGCAUGCAAGCCGUGGCAUUGCUAGGUCCGAAGGAUGGGUUGUCGAAGCCAGUCCUUUUUGUCCAUGCUGGACUCCUGCCAAACUUCAUCGAAAAUGGGGAUGCAGACGAGCUGAACGGUGCUGUGAAACGGCUACUCGAAGGCAAAGAUGCAAGCGAUCUGAGGGAGGACCCUUCGCCGUUGCUUGGAGAUGAAGGCCCUUUCUGGACCAGGCAACUGGCGCUUGGUCCAGAGCCUCAGGCCUGUCAGGAGGUCCAGAAGACAUUGGAGCUCACAGGAGCAUCGAGAAUGAUCGUCGGUCAUACUGCGCAGCCAGACGGACGCAUACAUGAUCGCUGUGGAGGGAGCUUCGUCCUCGCAGAUUCCCUAAUCUCUCAGUACUACACGGGCACCGCACAUCCCUCAGCAUUGGAGUUCUUUGCAGACGGCACGGAGCUUGGCAGUGCCGACUUUGAUCUCACGGCGGAGGUGCCCAUGAUGAUGCAAGAUGGUGCACGUGUUCACGACAGCCAGCCCGACGGUCAGAAGGCCGACGUGCUCGCAAAGGAUGGGUCCCGAUGCACGCCUCUCGAGGAGUCUCAGGAAGUGCACGAAUUCCAACGGCUUGCGUACACCCUGAAGUUGGGCCGCCAUCUGAGUGUCAAAUUUGACGUCGACGCCAAUAUCGAGGUGCCCCACUCCAUGAUAGCAGACUUGGAUUCCUACGCGCUGUGGAUGCCGUGGUGCACUGCUGGAAGCGUUCAGCAGAGAAUUGCUCCACCGGCGACGGGUCCGAAUGAGGCACAGUUCAAGGAAGUUUGCUAUGGAAAUGUCACCUUCGGCUUUGAGACAGGCUCCUUCCUCGGGACUCUGGGAGACACGGUGGGCUACGAGGUGACAAUCUGCCAUCCGCAGCUGUCAGAUGGCCGCAAAACUGCUCGGGUUUGCGCCGAUGCCAAGCAAGGCUUCGCUUAUGGAAAGCGUUUGGCCUACGACUGGCGCUUCUGGGAGGUGGGGCCGUCGAAGACGAAAGUGGAACUGGACAUGCUUUUCCAGGCGCAAAGCGUCCUGUACAUGCCAGUUUGGGACAGCAUGCAGCACAUGGUCAUCAACAACAUGCUGAGCGCAUUUAAAGCUCAUGCAGAGAAGAUCUACGCCGAAAGGCGUGACAAGUCGACAGUGCCCGAACAGCCGGAAAAGGGUUCAGACUGA